AUGGGGGUGGAUUAUUACAACAUACUGAAGGUAAAUCGGAACGCCAGCGAGGAUGACUUGAAGAGGGCCUACAGGCGUUUGGCCAUGAUUUGGCAUCCGGACAAGAAUGUGAACAAGAUUGAAGCUGAAGCUAAAUUCAAGCAAAUUUCCGAAGCGUACGAUGUUCUAAGCGACCCACAGAAGCGUCAGAUCUAUGAUCUUUAUGGAGAGGAGAGUCUCAAAUCUGGGCAAGUCCCAAGUCCUUCAAGAAGCGCAAGAGCUCACCCGGGUUCUUAUUAUAAUUACGGUAGUAAUCAGCAGCAUCCGAACCCGAAUUUCCGAUUCAAUCCCAGGAGUGCCGAUGAUAUAUAUGCGGAAGUUUUUGGGGAAAAUAGUAGUAAUGGAGGUGGUGGGGCGAGAAGGGAUGGGAAUUUUAGGAGUACGUCGAUGAAUGGUGGUGGGAGUAGGGAGUAUUCAGGGCUUGCCUCUGGUGGUGCGGCGGGGGGGUUUAGGAAGGCACCGCCGGUGGAGAAUGUAUUGAUGUGUAGCUUGGAGGAGUUGUAUAAGGGUGCUGCCAAGAAAAUGAAGAUAUCUAGGAAUAUUCUUGAUGGUCGCGGCAAGUUGCACAUUUUAGAAGAGAUCUUAACUAUUGAUAUAAAACCAGGCUGGAAAAAGGGCACAAAAAUAACUUUCCCCGAGAAGGGCAACGAAGAACCUGGUGUGAUUCCUGCAGAUAUUAUUUUUGUGGUAGAUGAAAAGCCUCAUCCUGUAUAUAUGAGGGAUGGUAACAAUUUGGUGGUGAAGCAGGAGGUAUCACUUCUUGAAUCUCUUACAGGAAAAAAGUUUGAACUGGUGACACUAGAUGGAAGGAAUAUCACGAUCCCUGUACUAGAGAUUAUCAAACCUGGACACGAGGUAGUUGUCCCCAGUGAAGGAAUGCCAAUUUCCAAAGAACCUAGGAAGAAGGGGAAUCUGAAGAUCCGAAUUGACAUCCAGUACCCAACACGGCUCACCGAAACGCAGAAACAUGAACUGCGGAGAGUUUUGGGAGGGAGCACGUGA